AUGGUGUCAGCGCAUAGCAAACGAAAUACCUCACGCCCCGUCUUCACAUCUCACGAACGCGCCCUCGCAAAGUCGCAUUGGUCAUCAUCAUCCGCCCGUCUACACCGCGACUCCUUCCUCCCGUUCGGUUCCUGCGGCCUAUGUCUCAAUAUCGCUCGUGACCCGGUCUCGUGCCGUCGAGGCGACAUCUUUUGUCGCGAAUGCGCACUCUCCAACAUCCUUGCUCAGAAAAAGGACAUCAAGCGCACUCAAAAGGCCCGUGCUGCUGCAGACGACGAAGCCGCCAAGCAAAGGGCACGCGAAGAUGAACAGGAUCAUGCGCGCGCGAUUCAGGAUUUUGAGUUGACACAAGCUGGGCUGGAUCGCAAGAAGAAAGGGGAUGCGGAUAAAACGGAUAACGAGAAACCAGACCCAACAACCGAUGAAUCUAAUGCUCUCGCUUUGGUAUCAGCGACGAAGCGCAAGUUCGAGCUCGAUAAAGACGAAUUAGAUCGCAUUGCACGUGAGGACAAAACCAAGGCCAGAAGAGCGCUGGAAGAAGAGAAGGCUGCGAAACCGCAUCUCCCAUCGUUCUGGACCCCAUCACUAACACCAGAUGCCCAAUCGAGCAAAUUCCUCCCGGUGGUAAAGAAGGACAAGACAUUUCCAACGUGUCCAGCAUCUUUGAACGAAAACCCGCACCCCAUCACAAUGCAAAAUCUCAUUACAAUCAACUUCACUGAAGAGGAAACGCCAAAAGGCAAACAAAGAGCCUGCCCUUCAUGCCUAAAGCUGCUCACCAACGCAUCCAACCCCAUGAUGGCCAAACAAUGCGGUCACGUUCUGUGCCACAGCUGCGUUAAGCAGUUCAUGAUUCAGCCUUCCAAGAAGACAUCCUCCGAUGACGAUACACCACUAACAUGUUACGUCUGCGACGCACCUUUGACCUCUACGUCACAGACACAAGGUGCUGCCCCGAACUCUUUAGUGCCUGGUCUGGUUGCCCUCCAGUCCGAAGGCACUGGGUUCUCAGCUCAUGGGGGCAAUACUGUGGAGCGAUCCAGCGUUGCUUUUCAGUGUUGA